AUGAAGCGGUCGCUUGGAUUGAUCAUAGCUCUGUGGUCCGGGAUUUCGGUUCAGUCCAGAGACAUCGUCCAACUCGAGACUCUGCUCGAUUCUGUGGCAACAUCGGGGAAAAUCGUACGUUUCGCUUGCGGUCUUUCUGCUGGAGGCGCUGUUGAGUUCACAUGGACUAAAGGUGGAAACGUGAUAAUCAGUGACGACCGAAGAACGAUAAUGAACGACGUAGAUUCUUCGCUCCUGACAAUCCGGAGAGUCACCGUUCAGGACGCCGGGAACUACACAUGCAUCGCGAAAAACUUGAUUUCGGAAGACAGAAAAACUGCUUUCUUACGAGUCGAAGAAAUAUUGAAGGUGGAACGAAUGCACGAUGUGAGUACCACGGAAGGCAACUCCGUGCGUUUCUCCUGCGGAUUGGCGCGUGGUUCCGGAUCGUUUACCUGGACAAAGGACGGGACGGUGAUUAGCAAAAAUGAAAGAUUCAAGAUCCUGGGUGAUGACGAGACGUCCGUGCUGACUAUACGAACGGUCAACCUGAACGACUCCGGAAACUACACUUGCAUUGCGAAAAAUCUUUUCGCAGAGGACAGGACAACUGCGAAACUUCUUGUCAAAGAAGGGAGCGGUGUAUCGUUAUCAUGGACGUUCGGAGGACAGUUGUUGAAAACCGAUUCCAAAUAUCGAAUAACAAGUGGAAUGGCGGAGAGCAUUCUGACAGUCUCCAACGCUCAGCCGAAGGAUGCCGGACAAUAUACCUGUAUCGGCAAAACAUUGUUGUCCGAGGACCGGGUGACGGCACGAUUGAAAGUUGAGGAUAUCGUGAAGUUGGAAUUCGCUCAAGACAAAACCACCGAAGUGGGCAAAUCUGUGAGAUUGGGAUGUAUGCUGCAAAGCGGGGAGAACGUCGAUUUCGUUUGGACGCACAACGGACAAGUUUUGAAGUACGAUAACCGGAUCGCCAUCAGUUCGUACAGCGAAACGUCGACGCUCACGAUCAAGUCGGCUAUCCAAUUCGAUACCGGGAAUUACACCUGUAUCGCCAAAAACGAAUUUUCUGAAGACAGGAUCACAGCCCAGCUCCUCGUUCAGGCCACCGUACAGCUGGAAGACAUGAGCAACAAGGUCGUAGAUGCUGGCCAACCGGUGCGUCUCUCGUGUGUUCUGCAGCGGGGACACAAUGUUCAAUUCGUGUGGACCAAGAACGGACAAGUUUUGAGGUCAGACUCUCGAAUCGCGCUCAACAGUUACGCGGAAAUGUCGUCGCUGAACAUCGAGCACGCGUCGCAGUCGGAUUCCGGGGGUUACACUUGCAUUGCUAAAAAUCAACUUGCCGAGCAUCGCGUCGCCGCGACACUGACCGUGAAAGACAUCGUCCGCCUCGAACCCCUUGGAAACCGAGUGCAGAGUGUUGGAAAGAUGGUUCGCUUCGCUUGUGUUGUACAAAGCGGCGAGAACGUUGACUUCACUUGGACGAGAAAUGGUCAGGUAUUGAGCUCGAACCCUGAUAUCGCCAUAGCGAGCAUGGCUGGGGUGUCAUCAUUGACCAUAAGACAAGUUCAUCAGACCGACGCGGGACUUUACACCUGCGUUGGGAAAAGUGAAACGUCCGAAAACCGAGUCACAGGAGAGCUGAUGGUGCAAGGUACAUCUUUUCUCCGAGUAACGACGAAUGGUCUCGAGAGUUUCGAGCCUUUCAUCCUCCUGGGCGGUCAGAUAGAUUCACAGGAGUCGAUGCUGCCAUGUAGUGGUUAG